AUGGUCUCCUCUUAUGAUGUUGGUACCAGAUGUUGGUACCCGGAUGAGAAACUAGGUUGGCUUGGAGUCUCCGUGACCAAAAAUGUAAAGGAAAGUGACAAUAAGUUCCUUGUUGAGUUGACUUCAGAGUUGGAUGAUUCCAUUAAGUUCAACGUUGAAGCAACUUCUUUGGACGAGGAAAAUGAUAAGCUCCCACCAUUGAGGAAUCCGCCUAUCUUGGAAGCAGCUGAGGAUUUAACCUCGCUUUCUUAUCUUAAUGAACCUGCUGUGCUUCAUGCCAUCAAGUUGAGAUACUCACAAUUGAACAUUUACACAUAUUCUGGGAUCGUUCUUAUCGCCACGAACCCCUUCCAAAGAAUAGAUCAAUUAUAUUCUCAAGAUAUCAUUCAAGCGUACGCGGGUAAGAGAAGAGAAGAGUCUGAUCCCCAUUUGUUUGCUAUUGCUGAAGAUGCCUAUAGAUGUAUGAAGAGCGAUGGUAAAAAUCAGACCAUUGUGGUAAGUGGAGAAUCUGGUGCCGGUAAGACUGUUAGUGCCAAGUACAUUAUGAGAUAUUUUGCUAGUGUAGAGGAAGAAUCUGACAAUGGUGACUUACAGACUAACAUAGGAACAGAUCAUAAGCUGGAUAUGAGUGACGUUGAGAAGCAAAUCUUGGCCACCAACCCAAUUAUGGAAGCCUUUGGUAACGCAAAGACUACCAGAAAUGAUAAUUCUUCGAGAUUCGGUAAGUAUUUGGAAAUCCUUUUCGACAAGGAAACUUCCAUUAUUGGUGCUAGAAUUAGAACGUAUUUAUUAGAAAGAUCAAGAUUGGUUUUCCAACCCCAGACUGAAAGAAAUUAUCAUAUUUUCUAUCAAAUAUUGGCUGGAAUGGAUUCCGACGAAAAGCUGCAAUUGGGGCUCACCAUUGCAGAAGAUUAUAAAUAUACUAAUCAAGGUGGUCUGCCCCAAAUUGAAGGGCUAGAUGAUGCCGAGGAAUUUCACAUCACCAAAGAUGCUCUUCUGCUCAUUGGAAUUGGCCCUGAAAAGCAAUCUCAAAUAUACAAAAUUUUGGCAGCUUUGCUCCACAUAGGUAAUAUUGACAUUGCUGCUACAAGAAAUGACGCUCAUUUAUCUUCAGACGAACCUAACUUAGUAAAAGCCUGUGAAUUAUUAGGGAUAGAUGCUUUGAAUUUUAGCAAAUGGUGUACAAAGAAGCAGAUCACCACUAGAAAUGAAAAAAUUGUUCUGAACUUGAACCAUAAGCAAGCCUUAGUUGCUAGAGAUUCCUUCGCUAAAUAUAUAUACUCGGCACUUUUCGAUUGGUUGGUUAACUACGUCAAUGAUGAUUUAUGCCCUAAGGAAGUGGAAGCCAAUAUUGCAUCAUUUAUUGGUGUUUUGGAUAUUUACGGGUUUGAACAUUUUGAAAAGAAUUCAUUUGAACAAUUUUGUAUUAAUUAUGCUAACGAAAAGCUUCAACAGGAAUUUAAUCAACAUGUAUUCAAAUUGGAACAAGAGGAAUAUAUCAGAGAAGAAAUUGAAUGGUCUUUCAUUGAUUUUGCCGACAAUCAACCUUGUAUUAAUCUUAUUGAAAACAGAUUAGGGAUCUUAAGUCUUUUGGAUGAAGAAUCCAGAUUACCAGCUGGUAACGAUGAAAGUUGGAUCGAGAAGAUGUACCAAACUUUGGAUAAAGAACCUACCAACAAAGUAUUCAAAAAGCCUAGAUUUGGUCAGACCAAGUUUAUUGUCAGUCAUUAUGCAUUAGAUGUUACCUACGAUAUUGAUGGGUUCAUUGAAAAGAAUAGAGAUACUGUUGGAGAGGGCCACUUGGAUGUUAUGAAGAAUACCACAAACGACUUGUUAAAGAGCGUGCUAUCAAUUAUCGAAAAGAAUGCUGCCGACUUAGAAGCUAAAACUGCAGCUGCUGGAGGCAAUUCUGCCAAGACCAAAAGUAUUGCGAACAAGAAACCUACCUUGGGAUCUAUGUUUAAGAACUCUCUUAUUGAAUUGAUGAAAACGAUUGACUCAACAAAUGUGCAUUAUAUCAGAUGUAUCAAACCAAAUGAAUUAAAGAAGGCAUGGGAAUUCGACUCUCUUAUGGUGUUAAACCAAUUAAGAGCUUGUGGUGUCUUAGAAACAAUUAGGAUAUCAUGUGCUGGGUUCCCUUCCAGGUGGUCAUAUGUUGAGUUUGCUGACAGAUACCACAUAUUAGUUCCAUCAACUCUGUGGAUAAGUGUAAUGGGUGACAACAAAGCUGCAACCAGUGAUUUAAGCAGCGUUAACAAAUUAUGUAACGAAAUCUUGGGAACUACAAUUGAAGACAAGUCAAAGUUCCAAUUGGGUAAUACCAAGAUAUUCUUUAAAGCUGGUAUGUUAGCACAUUUCGAAAAAUUGAGAAGUGACAAGUUAUACAAGUCUGCAGUCAUGAUCCAAAAGAACAUGAGAAAAGUACACUUCAGGAAAAAGUACUUGGAAAUCAGAGAAUCUCAUAUUAAAUUACAAACUAUCAUCAAGGGUUUCUUGGUUAGAUUAAGAAUAAAGAGAGAAAGAGAGUACAACGCUGCUGUCUCUAUCCAAACUUUGAUUAGAAGUUUCCUUGCCAGGAAACAAUUAAGAGAAGGUUUGGAGAGUGUUAUUACUUUACAAAAGCACAUCAGGGGAUUACAAGCAAGAAGAUCAUUCGUUGGAUUGAGGAGCGAAAGACUGGCAAUCAUAUUACAAAAAUCAUGGAGAGGAUUCCAAGAUCGUAAAGAGUUUAAGAAGAAGAAGAAUGCUACUGUGGUUAUUCAAUCCACUUUCAGAAGGAAAUUGGCUUACAACGAAUUCAAGCAAUUGAAGGAGGAUGCUAAGUCUGUGGUUAAAUUAAAGGAAGUUUCAUAUAAGUUGGAAAAUAAGGUUAUUGAAUUAACUCAAUCCUUAACUUCAAAGAUCCAAGAUAACAAGAAGUUGAUGAUUGAGAUUUCUAACUUGAAGAAUUUAUUGGAACAAUCAUCCACAGCCCAUGAAACAUUGAAGACCAGGGAAUUAGAGUUCAAUGAAAAAUUUGACUCUCAAAACGAAGAGCAUCAACAAGAAGUUGAAACCAUGAACAAAGAAUUGGAAUCUAUUAAAAGUGAAUACACUGCUGCAGAAAAGAGAAUUGAAGUCUUAAUCAAGGAACAAAAUGAAUUGAAACUUGAAGUUCAAAAGAAUAUUCAAGAAUUGAACUCAUUGAAGGAUGAUUUGAUCAAGAGAGAUACUAUUGAAGUUGAUUUAAAGAGUCACAUUGAGCAAUUGAAGAGUGAAAUAUCUACUUUGCAACAGAACCAAAGUAAGAUGAUAAAUAAUCCAAAGGUUAGAGGCUUAUCAAAGAGUAGCAACAGACACAGCAGUGCCAUGAUGUACAAUAACAAUAUUCCAUUGAAUAGUGAGAACAAUAGACCAGUUUCGGUUAUUGCCGUGUCUAAUAAUGAUGAUGCCAACAUUGAUGAUAUUAAUGAUGAACUUUUCAGACUUUUAAGAGAUUCUAAGCACUUACAUAGAGAAAUUGUUGAAGGUUUAUUGAAGGGAUUGAAAAUUCCACCUGCUGGAGUAGCUGCAGACUUAACAAGAAAGGAAGUUCUUUUCCCAGCAAGAAUCAUUAUAAUUAUAUUAAGUGAUAUGUGGAGAUUAGGAUUAACUAAAGAAUCAGAAGAUUUCCUUGGUGAGGUCUUAGCUGCAAUCCAGCAAAUGGUUGCCACUUUAAAGGACGAUGAUGUUAUUCCAAAUGGUGCUUUCUGGCUAUCUAAUACCCACGAAUUAUUCUCAUUUGUUUCAUAUGCUCAACAAACUAUCAUUGCUAAUGAUACUUUAUCUCAUGAAAUGAGCGAAGAAGAAUUUGAGGAAUACUUAAAGUUAGUUGCUGUUGUUAAGGAAGAUUUUGAAAGUUUAUCUUACAACAUUUACAACAUGUGGAUGAAGAAGAUGGAAAAGGAUUUGGAAAGAAAGGCUGUCAGUGCCGUUGUAUUAUCCCAGUCCUUGCCAGGAUUUAUGGCUCCUGAAGCCUCCCCAUUCUUGGCUAAGGUAUUCCUGCAAGGUGUUCAAUACAAGAUGGAUGAUAUUUUAAGUUUCUUCAACUCCGUAUAUUGGUCAAUGAAAUCUUAUUUCAUUGAACAUGAAGUUAUGAAUGAAGUUAUUAUUGAAUUAUUAAGAUUUGUUGAUGCUUUGUGUUUCAAUGAUUUAAUUAUGAGAAGAAACUUCCUUUCAUGGAAGAGAGGAUUGCAAUUAAAUUACAAUGUUACCAGAUUGGAAGAAUGGUGCAAGGGACAUGAAAUACAAGAAGGCUCAGGAUACUUGAGUCAUCUUUUACAAGCUGCCAAAUUAUUGCAAUUAAGGAAAGGAACACCUGAGGAUAUUGGAAUCAUCUAUGAAAUUUGUUAUGCAUUGAAACCAAUUCAAAUCCAGAAAUUGAUUAGUCAAUAUUAUAUUGCCGAUUAUGAAACUCCAAUUGCGCCAGAUGUUUUACAGGCUGUUGCUGAUAGAGUGAAGGAACUGGACAGUGGUAACAACGAUGAUUUAUUCGAGAUGGUAUCUACUGAUGGUCACUUCGACGAUCCAUUCAGAACAGUAAACUUGAGACCAUUCCUGAGAGUAGAGGCUUAUGUGCCAGCUUGGUUAUCAUUACCAAUUAUAAGAAGAAUCGUCGAAUUAGUUGCUAAAAACGCUGCAGUUCAAGAAUCCAGAGGAACUGAAGAUGAAGAUAUUCAAGAUGAACAUCAAAUUCAGCAACAAGGUGUCUUAGCUUAG